UGAAUUGCACUGGUACCAGGUAUCCGGGAAAAGAAUGACUGACAGUAUUUGACAGUCAAAUGUGAUAGGAGAGGAACGUUUUACACAGAACAAAGGGCAGUCAGGCUGUGGAACGCGUAAAGUUGGAAAGUUGCUCAUAGUUACUCAUUUUGUAAUUGGGGUGAUUAAGAAAUGGAGGAUUCUAUGCAAGUCAGACUAACCUGUCAUCCUUGAAACAAGGGGGCGAGUGCAACAGAUCAGAGAUCAGGGGCGGAGUAAAAGGUUGGAUUUAUUCUGGAUAUCCUGUUGUUCCCUAGUGGAUUUUCACAGUCACCUUCAUGUGUAACUCAACUACAACUUCCCGGCAAUGGCACCAAGGUGGUUUGUAGUACUACUACUGGGACUUGUCAAGCAAAGCUCAUCUCAAGAGGACGAAUGCUCUGUUGGAGUGAUUGGGGAGUCUGCCAUCUUGCCGUGCGUUUAUAAUGGAACUCAGAGCCUUCUCAGAGCCAACAUCUCAGCUCGAUGGAGGAGCGAGACAGAGGAAAUGCUCAGAGGCAUGUGGACGCAGGGAGAGGCAGAGCUGGUCAACGUAUCAUCGGUGGAGUCCAGUAGGGUCCGAAUGUCCUCCCUGUGCCCUCAGACGGGUGACUUCUCCAUGACACUGACGGACCUUGUUCCCAUGGAUGCAAAAACCUACAGUCUCCACAUCUCAUUCGAUGGCGAAGAGACAAGCUCAGUGCUCUGUACAGUAUGUCUCAAAGUAGGAGCUCAUUUCAGUUUCCCAUCCAUCCAGCGGGGAGAGGCAGACGUGGAGCGCCAAACCCAGUUUGUGUGCCACAGCCGAGGUGGCUAUCCCCAACCCGCCCUCCACUGGUUCAUCAACUCCACAGACCAGCCUCCUGCGGGUUCAGUGAGGACAUAUGCGCAGCCUCUCCAAGACUCUGAGCUCUACAACAUCACCAGCGUCCUGACUGUUAGCAUCGCUGCACACCUCCCUGUGACAUGCACUGUUGAGAAUCGCAUACUUAAUGAGACCUUUAGCACCAUUAAUUGGCCCGAGGAGGAGCAGGCUAGUCCAGUGGUGGCGCGGGCGUCUGAGGCCAUGUGGGUCUUCAGCACAGUGGUGAUCAUCAUCGUGGGCCUCCUGGUGGCUGUGGGCGUACUCUUCCAGGUCAAGUGGGACCGCGAGAGACAGAGGCCACAUGGUCUACACGAUGAUGACUCCGACACUGAAGACACAGAUAUCACUGUGGACAUGGAGCAUCUGGACUCUCUGACAGACACUCAUGUCUGAGGACAAACCUGGACUCAUCUUUUGUGCCAAGAUACCAGAUAUCCAUCUUAAGAUGGCUGGAGAAUGUCAAAAGAGGAGCAGUAGACCCCAGACCAUGCCGGCAUGUCUCUCAUCUUUCCCUAUUUUGCAUAUCUGACUGAUCUUGUCAGAGGCACCGACACACCUGAUUCACUCUGUCAGCAGCAUCACAAUGACAGCGGCUUAUCUCAGGUGUGCUUGGACGAAGAAUAGCUAUAUGCUUCCAAUAUAGUAUGUAGUAGUAUCUGCACCUACAGCAGGAUUGAGGACCCCUGAUUCGAGCGAAUCACUGAAUGACCUCUAGAUGGCACUGAUGAAAGACUGAAUUUGCUGCCUACAAGCUAUCCUCAGAGGGUUACCAGAAGGAGAGGCAGAGAAGGAAUGGAGUUUGGCUGGACUGACAGGCAAAGAUAGAGACAUUACAAGGACUUAGGUGAUGUAAGUGGUCUGAGUCUAGGAACCAGGUUGGAGUCUUUGACACAAUCUUUGCGUUGGUGUUUAACAGGCUCAAACAGAAGUAUAGGCAAGCUGCCACAAUUUCACCAAAUACCUCCUUUCCAUAAACAUGUGGCAUUCCUCCCUAAAUGGACACUACCAAGAUAACAACAGCCCUGGUUAACCAUAGUGGAUCACAGGUUUGCUGUAUGGUGAUGUGGAAACAGCUAGUAAGUUAUGAGUUCAUUCACGCUUUACCACAUUUCAUAAACAUUGGUCAGGUUUUUAAGGGUAAAAAAUGUUCAUUCAAGCAAAGAAGGUGAAAAUCAUUUAUUAUUUAACUUUUAGGUCUGCAGAUUCAUGGUUCUUGGCGUUCUUAAGCUCUUCUUUGCCAUCAUCAAAGCAUAGUUUUAUUAAACAAUACCCAGUGAUGUCUACCAGCAGUGAUUAGCACAAACUCUUGCAUACCUCCUGUUAGACAUUACACUGCUACAUGUGGUUUCAAUUAAAACAAAGUACAUCAUGUACUCAUCAUUAAAGGCACUAUCACUCAUUUCAUAUUAUUAAUUCAAGUAUAAUGCCUGAAAUGGACUGAGUUGUAAACUAUCAAUUACAACAGUCGCAUCAGCCUUUGAAAGUGCACAUUAACAGUAACUCCAUAUGGUCUUGGAUAGUGAUUGUUGGUGUAGGAUUCUUCAGCCAUCUUGGACAGUGUUUACGCUGUACAAAUCAGUCCGUUUCUGCACUGUGAUGGGAAUCUGCUGACGGAUAUCAGCCAGAUACUGGAGAUCUGAUCAGGACAGACACAGACCAAGAAAAUGUGAGACGCACUAACAAACCAACAAGUUCUACAUGCAGGGCAUGCAAUGUUUUACUCAUGAACCCUUUACACCAUAUAAAUAUAAAUACACACAUCACGCCGCUAUAAUAUAUAUACAGUAUACAACUGUAUUUUUAUCACCAUGUUUAUUAUUGCUUUUAGCUGUUUUAUUUAUGAUUCCUGGUUUCAAUUUUCAUUACAUUAAGGUGGUUUGAGUUUUGCAUCUGUAAUUAACUCUGUGAUCAAUGUGGGUCUCUAAAAGAUAUUAGAAGCAGCUCACCAAUAUCAGCAUAAACAACUUCUUCUUUGG